AUGGAAAAUUACAACGCCAUUGAAAAGGAUUUGCUUGAUGAUAUUUGUAAUUUUCUCGAGCCUUUUCAAGACGUAAUUAAUGCUCUAAGUAAAUAUCGACAACCUUGCCUUCGUCGAGUAAUGCCGCAUAGGCAGUGUUUGAUUGAACACUGCUAUCAAAAAGAAACGGAUUCAAUUGUAAUUAUGCAACUGAAGUCCUUUUUAGCACGACGAAUAAAAAAUGCCUGGUACAAUGACUACCAUCGCCUAGCCACUAUUCUGCAUCCGAAAUUGAAGAAUUUCGAGUUUUGUAGAGAUGCAAAAGAAAGGUCAAUAGAUGUAUUAAAACACGAAUAUGACAAACUUGAAUUAAAUAAUUCUUUAACGCAAAAGAUUGCAUCAAAUGUGUCACAAAACAACAAUGCAAACCCUUCACAAACAUCAACGACUGCAACUACGCCAAAACGAAAGAGCUUAUUGACACAAUGUUUUGAUUCGAAACUUACUAAUCAACCCCAAUCAUCAAAUUCGUAUCAAGAAAUUGAAAACUAUUUAAAUACUGAGCGCAGCGAUAUUCCUCACAAUGAUGAUGAUUUAGAUGAUAUUGAUAUACUAUAA